CCUUCACAUCCAGUGCGCCAGUAUCGAGUAAUUAUUAACACCAAUUACUUCCUUGUAAAUAUCGAGCACGACAGUGGGACACUCACGACUAAUCUGCUCUGCUAGUGGCACGCUUUGUCCUUCCAAAAACUAUGGCUUUAUCCUCCUCAUCUACAAAAGACUACGAGAUAUUCAUGUCCACGGUCCAGAAGCCGCCCGAACCAGAGCAAAGCUUUGAGGAGGUACGCGUGAAGGACUACAUCAAAGCAUACACUGCGACCGGUCGACCACCAGUACCAGUCCCAGAAGUACCAACUACCCCAAAUGCCAGAUAUGCGCUCGGCUUGCCACCGAUAUUUUCUCCCAUUCCAAUAGAAUCGACUCCGAGCAUCAGCCCCACAAGCAUUGCAGCAGAGAAAGCCAUAACAAACACCAGUGAUCUACCCACCAUCCAAGUAUUUCAGGCGACUAAGACACCAAUCGAAGGGCAAUUCCAGAGCAUCACAGCACAGCCUACUUUCAGUUUUUUCUCCUAUGAGGAAUUGCGGCUUUAUGCAUAUCUUUCAGGGAACAUCAUGCCUCCGACCCCACUUCCAUCGGAGAUCCCCUCUUUGGACAAUGCGCCAACACAGGUCAUCCAUCCAUUUUACGCCAACGACUCAGCAGCAACUGCGUUCGCACGCCCUAGCAUAGGCCCUGAUGCUCCAGAUGCAUAUAUGAGCAUCACGGCGUCUCUCAAAUUCGACAAACAUUCGUUCGAGGAACUACGGCUAGCAUAUCGUCUUGCUGGCAAGGAGCUUACCUCAUUCGAAAUUUCUACUCGUGGUUUGCUACAGUGGGAGACAAAAGAUGGUUUUGGUAACCGCCUUCGCCCAGGGUAAUUUUUUUGUGUGGUAGAUGUUUGGUUACACUUCGAUUUUACCGCUAAGCCGCACAAAUUUUCAAUGCCCGAUUGAUCAGUUGAUUAUUGUUUGUAUCACUUGUAUAGCGUAUACCAUCAUCGUUUCGCGCUUCGUACUUGUACAACUUGUACCACAGAAUGUUGUUGUUCUGGGUAAUGUUCGAGAAGUCUAAUGUACACAACAUGUAUUCGAGCCAAAUCGAGGUUUUCGGGGGGUGUAUUGAUCAAUCCAUAUGCAUCAUCCAGUCCUCUGCUUGCACCGUGACUUGUUCAAC